AAUGGAACAAAAUGUUCAUACACCAAGUUGAAAGGUCAUAAGGCAGCACCCCCGGCAGCCAUCAUGCCUCAUAAGAGCCAAAAAAGUGGCCAGACUGCCCAUUACAUCGAGUUAGGGGGCUACCAGUACUGGCCUGUGCUGGUGCCCCGCGGGAUACGCCUGUACACUUACGAACAAAUCCCUGGGUAUCUGCGUGAGAACCCCUACAUCACAGAUGGAUACAGAGCCUACCUGCCCUCCAGGCUCUGCAUCAAAAGCUUGUUCAUCCUUUCCAACGAGACGGUGAACAUCUGGACUCACCUGCUUGGUUUCCUGCUCUUCUUCUUCCUGGCUGUGUAUCACAUGGCCCAAGUUCUGCCCCAGCUAGGAGUCUCCCGUGAGGAUUACGUCAUCUACUCCAUAGGACUCUUUUGCUUCCAGUUGUGUCUGCUCUGCUCGGCGGGCUACCACGUGUUCUGCUGCCAUCGCUCAGAGAAGACCAGCCGGCGCUGGAUGGCGCUGGACUACGCUGGCGUGUCAGUGGGCAUCCUUGGCUGCUAUGUGCCUGCCGUCUUUUAUGCCUUUUACUGCAAUAAUUACUGGCGUCAGGUGUACCUGGUGACUGUGCUGGCGAUGAUCCUGGCUGUGUUCCUGGCUCACAUCCACCCAAACUUCCUGAGCAAGCAGUGGCGUCGUCCCCGCUUGUUGGCCUUCUGUGCGCUAGCGUCGUGCGGACUAGUGCCCGUUGUUCACUGGGUCUACGACGCUGGUGGAUUCUCCUCAGAACUCGUGCAAGCAUUCGUUCCCCGCGUGCUUGUCAUGUAUUUGAUGGCGGCGUUGGCGCUGCUCUUCUACAUCUCUAAAGUGCCCGAAAGAUACUUCCCAGGCCAGCUGAACUACGUGGGCUCGAGCCACCAGCUGUGGCACGUGUUGCUGCUUCUCAUGUUCUACUGGUGGCAUCAGUCAUCUUGCUUCAUCAUGGCAUACAGACACAGCCGGCCAUGCCCCGGCGACCUCGUUGACACCAACGUACACUCCUAG